AUGAAGUGGAGCGUCCGAGGAGCCUGCGCCGCGCUCUCUUCCUGUCUCCUGCUCGCCUGUGCGCUCAGCGCUGCCGCCGUCGGCCUCAAGUGCUUCUCGCUGGGCUCGGAGCUGCGCGGGGAGCCGUUCCGGCUCGGGGCGGCCGCCGGCGCCUUCUACUCGGGGCUGCUGCUGGCUGCGGGCCUCUCGCUGCUCGGCGCCGCCCUGCUCUGCUGCGGGCCCCGGGACGCGCCCCUCGGGGGGCCAGGACCCGGCGCAGGGCUCGGGGUCCCCGCGGCCCCGACCGGAGCUCCUGAGGCCGCACCAGGAGAGCCAGGGGUCGGGGCCGGGCCCUCGGGGCCGGUGAACAGCCAGAACCUUCUCCUGUUCGGCGUCCUUGUCUUCAUGCUCGGUGUCCUCAGCGCCUUCGCGGGAGCCGUGAUCGACGGCGACACCGUGUCCCUAGUGGAACGCAAGUACUCUCACUACUGCCUGCCUCCGCGGGCGCCGGCCCCGGGCUCUGCCCCCGGCCCAGCAGCCGCCGCCCCCGGGCUGGUCGCCGGCGUGCCGCGUGCGCGCAGCACCCUGGACAGCGCCACGUCCGCCAAGUGCCGGCAGCUAAAGGACUACCAGCGCGGCCUGGUCCUCUCCACCGUCUUCAACUCGCUCGAGUGCCUCCUGGGCCUACUGAGCCUUCUGCUGGUCAAGAACUACAAGUCGUCGCAGGCCCGGCGCGGUCGGCGUGGCCGGCGGAGGGGAGGCCGGGCCCUGACGCGGCCCCGAGGCGGCCCGGGACUCCGCGUGCAGUCGCCAGCCUCCCGGACGUGGCGGGGCCGGCGAGGACCGCGGGGCCGAAGGCUGCAGCCACGACCUAGCGAGGCCUCCAUCCUCUCCCCGGAAGAGUCCGACUUCGCGUCCCCCGGGGACUGCGCAGGCUUUGCUGCGCACCACGCGGUCUCUUACAUUAAUGUGGGCGGCUUCCACGCGUGCGACGAGGCGGGCGUGGAGGUGUGUUGCGGAGGACAUCCGUCGGUGGAGCUACCGGGGUACGCGCCCUCCGACCCCGACCUCAAUGCCUCCUACCCCUACUGCUGCCGGCCGCCCUGUGAGGCGGCGCGCCCCUGGGAGCCAAGUGGGGCCUGCUGA